GGAAUCGGAGCUGCAUUUUGAUAGAUAGGCCAAUGGCGACGGCGGAUUCUCCAAACACCGAUUCUGAUGCUGAUUUCGAAAACCCUAACUCUACUGUUACCUCCAAUUCUUCAGACGCUUUGAAAGCUAACCUUUCCGGUCCUCCUAUAGUAUGCCUUCUCAGGUUCGCCGGCGACUCAGUCGCUGGCGCUUUCAUGGGCUCCAUUUUCGGCUACGGUUCGGGUUUGGUUAAGAAAAAAGGCUUUAAAGGAUCCUUUGCAGAGGCCGGAUCUUCUGCCAAGACAUUUGCAAUUUUGUCUGGAGUUCACAGUUUGGUUGUCUGUUUUCUGAAGAGGUUGAGAGGAAAGGAUGAUGUUGUGAAUGCUGGAGUAGCUGGGUGUUGCACUGGUCUCGCAUUAAGUUUUCCAGGUACACCACAGGCUCUUCUACAGAGCUGCGUCACUUUUGGGGUGUUCUCAUUUAUCAUUGAAGGGCUUAACAAGCAGCAGCCAGCCCUUGCACAUCCAUUUUCAAUGAGAAAGGAAAGAGGGGGCAAAGAGGCACUUCCUCCCCUAGCAUUCCCUCUUCCAGAUGAGUUGAAAGAAUCCUUCUCACACUUCUGCCGGUCCCUGCAAAAACCCAACAAGGGCAAUUUUCCUGCAGCUCACUGAUAAGCUCAGGAGUUCAUUAGUGUAGACUGCUGGUGUGGCCAUGAGGUACCUUGUAACGUUUGAUAUUCUGAAACCAAUUGCGAGCUAAAUAAUGAAAUGUCUUCUUAUGCAGCAAAUCACUCUUAUAUCUUGGUUUUGAGCUUUGACUCGAAUCCCAUGAGCUUGACGCAUAUUACUCUCUACAAACCCAAUAUGAUUUGAAAGUGGCCCUGGACGUAUACGAUGAUGAAUCUAAGAAAAAUGAGAUGAAUGUAUUAAAGGAAAAUGCUUUUGGCAUGAUGCUUGGACAUGUGGAGAAUAAUUGAGUUAUAAAGCAAUCAAAGUUGAUUACAA